UUGUCUCAUUGUGUCAUCAAAUCAAAGUCUAGAAAUGGAUACACACACGACUAAAUUAGUCGUGAUAUCACUACUACUAGUACUUCUCGUGAUAUCCGAUCACACUAGGCCACUGAUUCAGGUUCACUCAUACGUACCAUUUUGUGCAUACACAUAUGAUUAUUUUGCUUAUUGUCUAGACUUUCUCACGGGCUAUUACUACAAACCCGAUAAAAAAUGUUGUGUCCAUAUCGCAAAACUCAACGUAAUUGCAAAACACAAAAAAGAGAACCCGAGGCUUCUGUGUAAUUGUAUUGAGAUAAUGACGAGAGGUUAUACGCCUCCAAUCUUGGCUGAUAAGAUCCAACAGCUUCCUCUUCUUUGCAACACACAUCUCAGCUUCCCUAUCUCCUCUAGCAUGGAUUGCUCCACGGUUUAAGACUUGAUGGGUUGUUGUGUGGCCAAUUUUUUAAAGGGGGUAACAAAAAUGGAUCUCUGUAUUCAAUUUUGGUUUUGUUUUUUUUUUUUAUUAUCGUACAACCUUUUCAGCUUUAGAGUAUUUUGGUUCAGAGAAUGUGACAGCCAAAUUGAAAGAAAAAAUUGAGUCUGGUCUUGGUGUCAU